AUGGACAACGAAAAAGGCACCUACCCCGAGCGACAAGUCGUCCAAAGACAAGAUGGGCACGAUACCGACCACUCAAGUGACGACCAAGCCGUAAGUUCAACUCCCAAAGUGGAGCAGCAGACUUACGAUGACCGGAAAGCUUGGGUCACGGUUGCUGCAUCGUCACUUACCAUGUUUGUCUACCUCGGAGUGAUCUACUCAUGGGGCAUCAUGCAAGUCAAGCUCGUCGAGACGACGGGUUCUAGUCUAACAACCUUGACAUUUGUCGGAUCAAUGGCGACAUCUUUCAUGAUUUGUUUCAGUAUUGUUUCCGACAAGAUCAUCAAUAGGAUAGGAUAUCGGCUGGCUGCGUUGAUUGGUGGUUUCUUCAUGGGUUUGGGUGAAGUUCUCGCAAGCUUUACUACAUACCAUGUUGUGGCUUUGUUCUUUCUACAUGGUCUCGUCUUCGGCCUUGGUGGUGGCCUUUGUGUCUUUUCUGUCUCGACUGCCCCGAUGGGUCUCUUCAAGAAGCAUAAAGCAUUGGCCAUGGGGUUUGUCUUCGGUGGGGGCAGCUUGGGCUCUGCCAUCAUGAGUGUUGUAGCCAACUACCUUGUCAAAGACCUGGGCGUCUCUUGGACGUUCCGCAUUCUGGGUUUCAUUCUGUGGGGUGUUUCUAUCCCUGCAUCCUACUUCUUGCCAAGGAGGAUGGCUUCGGGAAAGAAAGCCUCCCGUCAGCUACAGUGGUAUCGCUUUAAGGAACCUCGCUUCCUCCUGCUCGUCGGCGGCACUGUACUUUCCUGCUUCCCGCUCUUCAUCCCGCCCUACUUCAUUCCGAUUUUCUCGAGAUCAAUGGGCUAUACUAAGGAAAUCGGUAUCAUUAUGCUUGCCUGCUGGAACUUAGCUUCUACCUUGGGCCGUGUUGUCGCUGGAUGGGUUGCCGAUACUCUUUUGGGACCAGUCGAAAGUCUAGCAAUCUGCAUGCUCUUCAUGGCUCUGAGCUCCCUCAUCGUCUGGCCUCUUUCAUCAUCAAUCGGCAUCUUUUCCGUCUACCUCGUAUUGAACGGUAUCGGAUGUGGUGCGUUCUUCAGUCUCACGCCUAUCGCAGUGAGCGCCACAUUUGGAGGAGAAAACACCCUCAGCAUCAUCCCCGUCGUCUGGACGACUUGGUUCUGCGGUUUCUUUUUUGGUACUCCCAUUGCUUCAGGACUUUACUCCAUCUCUAGUGAUGUUGAUGGUCUUGAGAAGUUUCGCCCUGCCGCAUAUUAUGCCGGAGCAAUGGCGUUAGCGGGAUUUGCAUGUGUUUCGGGGAUCAGAUUUGCGCGGAGGACGGAGAAGACCGAGAGGUCUUGA